GGGAAAGAAAGAGGGGCAGAGGAGGGAAGGGGACUGCAGUCCGAGAGGAGAUCUGGGGAGCUGGGACCCAAGACGUCAGGACGUGGCAUUGGCUGAGAGAAAGCCUAGAGCCGCAGGAGGUGCCGCGGGCACAAGGAGCGCAUUUAUUUAUCGGGGCGAGCGGGGAGAGCGGGCGGGGUCGGAGCGGGGUGGGAGAGGAUCGGGCGGGAGAGGAAGAGAGUUCGAGCCGAAGUGGAUGGAAGGGGACCGGGGUUUCUGCCGCGCAGGGAGCCGCGAGCCAGGGCGAUGGCGCUAAGGCCGGCGCGGAGCAGCUGCGCUCCCGAGAACGCGUCUCCUCGCGGAGGACCAGCCGGCGUCGAGAAGGUCUGCGCGAAGAGAGACCAACUUGUGGCUCCCGACGCAGCUGGAAAUGAGAUCAAAGCUGCAGUUUCAUUCGAGAAGGAGGAGAGGAGCCAGCAAUUAGGGAUUUUUUUUUUUUUUAAUUUUUAACCUCCUUCGUUCCAUUUUCUGUUUUCCUUUUUUCUUUUCUUCUUAUUAUUUUUAAAUUUGCCUCACACCCCAUAGGUCCCCUCACUUCGCCUUCCCCCUUUGAAAUAAAAGCCUAGUUUGAACUUCUUUCGCCGCGGCGCCCCCCCCCCCGGAUACGCUGCCCGCUGAUGGAGGAGAAGGGGACCCCGGGGCUGGCAGGGGCCACCGGCGAGGGACCGCGUCACGCGUCUCCCCCGUGAUCCCGGCCCUGCUCGCGGAGUUCUGCAACACCUGGAGGAUCUGGACCGGGCGCCGGGGGUGGGGGCGGGGACAGAGGAAACGAAAGCCACCCCGAGCCUUAAAAAAAAGAAGAAGAAGAAAAAAAAAAAGUAGAGGGGGGGUGGGAGGAAUGGGUUUCUUCUUGACAGCUGACGGAGCCUUGAAAUUUUCCUCCACUACCUCCGCCCCCGCCCCCGCCCCCGCCCCCCGCACUCCAUUUAACGUGAGAUUAUGAAAUUGCAGAGGCGGUGGAGGGAAGGAGACAGGAUAUAACAGGGAGUUUGGAGGGAGAGGGGAAGGUGGCUGGCCGGGUGGCUGAAAUCAAAAAUCCAAUUGCGCACUGGGUUGUGAUGAGAAAUCUAAUCAGAUCUUUGGAGAAGGGGCCGGCCGGAAGGCUGGCCAGUGGGGGGAGUUGAUCCCCAAAUUCUUCGAAGGGGUGCUGGGGGUGAGGGACCAACGAUGUAAACGGAGACUUUUUUUGGUGGCGGUGGCGGUGGUGGUUGGGUGCCUUGCAAAAAUGAAGGAUGCGGGACGCAGCUCUCUCUUGGAACCGAACGCAGUGGAUAAACUGAUUGUGCAAGAGAAAAGGAAGAAGGAAGCUUUUUCUUGGGAGACCUGGAUCUUAACACAAAUGUGUAUGUGUGCACACAGGGAGCCUUGAAAAAUGAAAUAAACCAGUGUCAGACCCACGGGGCUUGGUGUGUUCUGACAUAAAUAAAUAAUAAUAAAACAGCUGCCCCCCCCCUUCCCAAAAGGAUGAUUGGAUAUGGAGAACGGAGGAUCCACAAAGAAAAAGUAUUUUCGUUUUUCUCUAUAAAGGAGAAAGUAAGCCAAGGAGAUAUUUUUGGAAUUGAAAGUUUGGGGCUUUUUUUUUUUUUUUUUUUUUUUUUUUUUUUUUUAGGAAAGUAAAGACCUGCUAUGGUGGUGUUUUCUUUUCUUUUUGAAUUUCCCACAAGAGGAGAGGGAAUUAAUAAUACAUCUGCAAAGAAAUUUCGGAGAAGAAAAGUUGACCGCGGCAGAAUGAGGCAUUGAUUGGGGGAGAGAAACCAGCCGAGAGCACAGUUGGAUUUGUGCCUAUGUUGACUAAAAUUGAUGGAUAAUUGCAGUUGGAUUUUUCUUCAUCAACCUCCCCCCCACCCUUUUUUUUUCUUUAUGGUGUCAAGAUCACGCGUUUUCGCUUGUUCUUAACCACCUGGAUUUCCAUCUGGAUGUUGCUGUGAUCUGUCUGAAAUACAACUAUUUGAACUCCAGACGGACCAACACCAGAUAAAUUAUGAAUGUUGAACAAGAUGACCUUACAUCCACAGCAGAUAAUGAUAGGUCCUAGGUUUAACAGGGCCCUAUUUGACCCCCUGCUUGUGGUGCUGCUGGCUCUUCAACUUCUUGUGGUGGCUGGUCUGGUGCGGGCUCAAACCUGCCCUUCUGUCUGCUCCUGCAGCAACCAGUUCAGCAAGGUGAUUUGCGUCCGGAAAAACCUACGGGAGGUUCCAGAUGGCAUCUCUACCAACACGCGACUGCUGAACCUCCAUGAGAACCAAAUCCAGAUCAUCAAAGUGAACAGCUUCAAGCACUUGAGGCACCUGGAAAUCCUACAGUUGAGUAGGAAUCAUAUUAGAACAAUUGAAAUCGGGGCCUUCAAUGGUCUGGCAAACCUCAAUACUCUGGAACUCUUUGACAAUCGUCUUACUACCAUCCCAAAUGGAGCUUUUGUAUAUUUGUCUAAACUGAAGGAGCUCUGGUUGAGAAACAACCCCAUUGAAAGCAUUCCUUCUUAUGCUUUUAACAGAAUCCCUUCUUUGCGCCGAUUAGACUUGGGGGAAUUGAAAAGGCUUUCCUAUAUCUCAGAAGGUGCCUUUGAAGGUCUGUCCAACUUGAGGUAUUUGAACCUUGCCAUGUGCAACCUCCGCGAGAUCCCUAACCUUACACCUCUCAUAAAGCUAGAUGAGCUGGAUCUUUCUGGGAAUCAUUUGUCAGCCAUCAGGCCUGGCUCGUUCCAGGGACUGAUGCACCUUCAAAAACUGUGGAUGAUCCAGUCCCAGAUUCAAGUGAUUGAACGGAAUGCCUUUGAUAACCUUCAGUCACUCGUGGAGAUAAACUUGGCACACAACAAUCUAACACUACUGCCUCAUGACCUCUUCACACCCUUGCAUCACCUAGAGCGGAUACACUUGCAUCACAACCCUUGGAACUGUAACUGUGACAUACUGUGGCUCAGCUGGUGGAUAAAAGACAUGGCCCCCUCCAACACAGCUUGUUGUGCUCGAUGUAACACUCCUCCCAAUCUCAAAGGGAGGUACAUUGGGGAGCUUGACCAGAAUUACUUUACAUGCUAUGCUCCUGUGAUUGUGGAGCCCCCAGCAGACCUCAAUGUCACUGAGGGCAUGGCAGCCGAGCUGAAAUGUCGGGCCUCCACGUCCCUGACCUCUGUAUCUUGGAUUACUCCAAAUGGAACGGUCAUGACACAUGGGGCAUACAAAGUGCGGAUAGCUGUGCUCAGUGACGGCACAUUAAAUUUCACGAAUGUAACCGUGCAAGAUACAGGCAUGUACACAUGUAUGGUGAGUAAUUCUGUCGGAAAUACCACUGCUUCUGCCACCCUGAAUGUUACUGCAGCAACCACUACUCCCUUCUCUUACUUUUCAACCGUCACAGUAGAGACUAUGGAACCUUCUCAGGAUGAGGCACGGACCACAGAUAACAACGUGGGCCCCACUCCAGUGAUUGACUGGGAGACCACCAAUGUGACCACCUCUCUCACGCCACAGAGCACAAGGUCGACAGAAAAAACAUUCACCAUCCCAGUGACUGACAUAAACAGUGGGAUCCCGGGAAUCGAUGAGGUCAUGAAGACCACCAAAAUCAUCAUUGGCUGUUUUGUGGCUAUCACACUCAUGGCUGCAGUGAUGCUGGUCAUUUUCUACAAGAUGAGGAAGCAGCACCAUCGGCAAAACCAUCACGCCCCGACAAGGACUGUUGAAAUCAUUAAUGUGGAUGAUGAGAUUACAGGAGAUACACCCAUGGAAAGCCACCUGCCCAUGCCUGCUAUCGAGCAUGAGCACCUAAAUCACUAUAACUCUUACAAAUCUCCCUUCAACCACACAACAACAGUUAACACAAUUAAUUCAAUACACAGUUCAGUGCAUGAACCGUUAUUGAUCCGAAUGAACUCUAAAGACAAUGUACAAGAGACUCAAAUCUAAAACAUUUACAGAGUUACAGAAAACAAACAAUAAAAAAAAGACAGUUUAUUAAAAAUGACACAAAUGACUGGGCUAAAUCUACUGUUUCAAAAAAGUGUCUUUACAAAAAAAAAACAAAAAAGAAAAGAAAUUUAUUUAUUAAAAAUUCUAUUGUGAUCUAAAGCAGACAAAAUUAUGUGUAUUCCUCAGAACCUGUUUUUGCUGCACUUAUUUACUAUUUUCCCACAUCUCAUCCCUGCCUUCCCUGGUUGCCAUAUUUUUCAUAGAUCUCAAGUCCCUAAAGAACUGGCCUAGGAAAUUUUGUAAGAAUUCUGUUACACUUUGAGAUUUUUAUGGUGAAUUCUAGUGGUGAGAACCAGUCUAUUUUGUCUUUCUUUCUUUCUUUUUUUUUUCUCUUUCCUUUCUUUCCCUCAUGCCCUUAUGAAGUAGUCCAAUGGGGAAUGCAAUAUUAGAAAUAGAUUUUUAAGAGAGAACGAGAUAAAAAAAAUGCAAGAUCUUAUAUUUUUCAUGUAAUGACCUGUUCUGUAUUUAUGAGAACCAUUCAAUGACAAAG